GAAUUAUAAAAAAAAAAAAGAGGAGGGGCGUUCGUGGUCGUGGAUCUAUUUGAAUCACUCGAGGCAAAACCCUUUUCUCCUUCUCCUCCUCUUCCCCCAAACACACCAAAACCCUCUCUCUCUCUCUCUCUUUGGCGGCUGCGCGGCCAAAUUCAAACCCUAGAUUCCAUCCGAUUCCCUCUAGGGUUUCUAUCCCCUCACUCUCUCUCUCUCUCUUGGUCGCAUCCAAGGAUCUAUCAAAUUCGACAUCUGGUCUCAUGGCUGCCGUUGCUUCUUCACCUGCUGACCAAUCUGCUGAUAUGUUGCAGAACCUCUCCUUGGACUCUCAACCAAAAGCAGCUUCGGAGAUUCCUGAGCCAAAGAAGACCGCUGUUUACCAGUAUGGAGGAGUGGAUUUAAGUGGUCAAGUCCCUUCCUUUGACAGAUCUUUGACACCGUUGCUUCCCAGUGAUGCUGUCGACCCUUCGGUUUGCUAUGUUCCGAAUGCCUACCAGCAGCCCUUUUAUUAUGGAUAUGGGACUGGUGACUGGAGCGAAUACACUGGUUACCAAACUCCUGAGGGUGUUGACAUGACUUCUGGUUAUGGGUAUGCAGCAUAUCCUUACUCGCCAGCAACAAGCCCUGCUCCGCAGGUUGGCGGAGAUGGGCAGUUGUAUGGAGCUCAGCAGUACCAGUAUCCUGCCUUUUUCCCCGCUGGAUCUUUUGCUUCAUCUGUUGCUACACCUACCCAGGGAGAUCUCGCUGCAAACAAAGCUGGUGGUCUGAAACCUGCGGAAAGCAAGAAUGUUGCAUCUGCUGCUGGUAUGACAAAAGGAAGCAAUGGACAAGCUGCAGGGAAACCAAAUAACCAGACUGCAUUCAACACCUCAAGCAAUUUGUAUGGAAGUGGCGCUCCUGCAGGGGGUUAUGCUGCUGGUUACCAGGACGCCAGAUUUAACUAUGAUGGAUAUUAUGGUACUGGUUAUUCAGAUGUUCAGAGACCUGUUGCAUCAUCCUAUUCUAAGGCAAACAGUGUGACUUCAUCGAGGAAUCAAAACUACCGCUCAAACUCUAACUACACGGGUGUGCACCAGCCUGCAUCAAUGACAGGCUACGGUACUCAUGGAUACUACAGCAAGAUGUAUCAAAGCAAGUUAUAUGGUAACUAUGGUAGCUCGGGGAGAUCUGGUAUGGGCUAUAGUUCUUCUGGGUAUGAUUCAAGAACAAAUGGAAGAGGAUGGGGGAGCACAACAGACAACAGAUACAGAGGUUUUGGAAGGGGUAACAGUUUCUUCUACGGAAAUGAGAAUAACGCAGAUGGUCUGAAUGAACUUAACAGGGGACCCAGAGCCAGGGGCGCAAAGAACCAGAAGGAAAACUCAGAAGAUAGCUUAGAGGUUAAGGAGCAGACUGGCGAGUCAAAUGUAGCUGAGGCUGUGGAGACGGAGAACACAUGCAUUGUUCCUGACAGAGAACAGUACAACAAAGAAGAUUUCCCGGUGGAUUAUGCGAACGCUAUGUUCUUUGUCAUCAAGUCCUACAGCGAAGAUGAUGUGCACAAGAGCAUCAAGUAUAACGUUUGGGCUAGCACACCAAAUGGAAACAAGAAGCUUGCUGCGGCAUAUCAGGAAGCUCAGCAGAAACCUGGCGGCUGUCCUAUCUUUCUCUUCUUCUCGGUCAAUGCAAGUGGACAAUUUGUCGGGCUUGCUGAAAUGAUAGGACCGGUUGACUUCGACACAAAUGUGGACUGCUGGCAGCAAGACAAGUGGACAGGCUCUUUCCCUCUCAAGUGGCAUAUUGUGAAGGAUGUUCCAAACAGUUUGCUGAAACAUAUUACCCUGGAGAACAAUGAGAACAAGCCUGUCACUAACUCCAGAGACACCCAAGAGGUCAAGUUGGAGCAAGGUUUGAAGAUUGUGAAAAUUUUCAAGGAGCAUACUAGCAAGACUUGCAUUUUGGAUGACUUCUCCUUCUAUGAGGUUCGACAGAAGACUAUCUUGGAGAAGAAGGCCAAGCAACACCAAACCCAGAAACAGGUUAGUGAGGAGAAAACUACAACGGAUGAGAAAAAGGAGACCGCUACUGCUGAUUCGGCUAAUAAGGAAUCUCCUCCAGCUGCUCAAACUACCGGUGAUGUAAAGGUUGAUGAGAAUGGGUCUGUUGCUAAGCCAGUUGGUGUGGUGGCAAAUGGUUGCUAGAUUAGUCAGACACUACUCACGGCUCGAGCAUAAAACGCAACAAGAGAGAAGAAGCUAUGAACUAUCCCGUUUGCAGUUUCUCUUGAGAACGAGUGCUGUGAGCUUUGAAGCAAGGAAAGACCGACGAGACCUGUUUCUUUGCCCUUAAAAAUUAAAAAUCCCAGUUUUUUUUUUCAAUCUUUUCUUGUUCUUGUUUUCACCUGUCUUUACAAUUUUCUGUUUCUUUUUUUUUUCAAUUUUUCAUUAUCUGUUGCUCCUCCCUGUAAAAUUGCUUGUAUGACCUGCUAAAUAGUGGGAAGAAGUAGAGAAAAAAAGGAGAUAAAAGCAGGGUGGGAUUUGUUUUCAUU